GGAACUAUGCGAGUUGUAUGAAUAUAUCCAAAAUCGGUUGCAUAUGCAUUAAGCAUGAUCGGCAAUUCAUAUAUAAGUUGAUUCCCAAAUUAACAAGGUUUUCACAAAUCACCUAGUGAUCAGCGACACGAGUGAGCGCGGUCUAACCGCGUAAAAAAAAUAGUUUUUCUAGAUUUUACUUUUUAAGUGUUAAGUAAAUAAAAAAUAAUAAAAAAAAUAAAAUAAAAUGGGUUUUACGGAUACUUAUAAUUAUUAUUAUUAUGAAAAAGCAGAUACUCGGGUGACAGACUGGCUGUUUAUGGGCAGUCCAUGGCCAAUGAUAUUGAUAUUAUUUAGUUAUUUGUAUUUUGUAUUUCAAUGUGGUCCACGUUAUAUGAAAAAUCGACCCGCUUACGAAUUAAAGACUUUCAUUAAGUUUUAUAAUAUUUUUCAAAUUGUCUCCAAUGCUUAUCUAGUCAAAGAAAUUCUUGUUGUUCAUCCAGAUGCAGUUGCUUUACGUUGCUUGCCAAUUGAUUAUUCAAAUAAUCCAGAUUCAGUUCGCAUGGCCAGAACGACGUAUCUCGUAUUCCUAUUGAAAUUAGUCGAUCUCAUUGAAACUGGAAUGUUCGUGUUGAGAAAGAAAAAUAAUCAAAUAUCGUUGUUACAUCUUUAUCAUCAUUUUACAACUGCUUUGGUGGCUUGGAUUUCAACGAGAUAUAUUGCUGGCGGAAUGGCAGUAUUUUAUCCUGCAAUGAAUUGUUCUGUUCACGUUAUAAUGUAUACAUAUUAUCUUUUGAGUACCACAGAUAGCAUGAAACGUUUGGUUCUUCCUUUCAAGCGUUACGUUACAAUUAUUCAAAUGGUUCAAUUUGUCAUUUUAAUAUUCCAUGCAGUGAUAGCGGCCUUCCCAUCUUGCGAUGUUCCUAAAAUACCAGCGUAUUUAAUGAUUUUAGAUGUAUUAUUAAAUUUCAAUUUAUUCUAUAAUUUUUAUAAGAGGACUUACUUAACGCCUAAAAAGAAAAAAGAAUAGACUAUAUAUAUAAGUUAAAA